CCUUGACUCAAACCAGUCCUCACAAAUCAAAAUGAAGGUUCCUAAUUACUUGGAGAUCUUUUUUUGUUUUAUAUUAUUUUUGUGCUUUUGCCACGUCGGCGCUGCCGCUGGUUCUUCCAACUUGCUACCGGAAAACGAGGCGGUUCCGGCGAUAAUCGUGUUCGGAGAUUCGAUUGUCGAUCCAGGCAACAAUAACUACAUCAAAACUUCGAUUAAAUGCAACUUUCCACCUUAUGGAAGAGACUUCAAUGGCGGAACGCCGACCGGAAGGUUUAGCAACGGCAAAAUCCCCACCGAUUUUGUAGCGGAAGAGUUUGGUGUGAAAGAGUUAGUGCCGGCGUAUCUUGAUCCGCAUUUGACGACGCAGGACCUUCUCACCGGCGUCAGCUUUGCUUCGGGAGCUUCUGGAUAUGAUCCUCUAACGGCCAAGAUAACGUCCGUCCUUUCGCUAAACGACCAGCUGGAGCUGUUCAAAGAUUACAUCAAGAAGAUAAAAGCCGCCGUCGGAGAAGAAAAAGCAACGGCGAUUCUUUCAAAAAGCAUAAUAAUUGUAUGCACCGGCAGCGACGACAUUGCAAACACCUAUUUCAUCACGCCGUUUCGGCGGCCCCAUUACGACGUCGCAUCGUACACCGAUCUGAUGCUCCAAUCGGCGUCCAGUUUCUUCCAUCAGCUUUACGCGCUUGGAGGAAGAAAGAUAGGAAUUCUCAGCUUGCCGGCGAUCGGCUGCGUUCCGUCGCAGAGAACACUCUUCGGCGGCGCCGCCCGACGAUGCUCCGAAGCCGCCAAUUCAGCGGCGAAGCUUUUCAAUUCGAAGCUAUCGUCGUUGAUUGCUUCGCUGGGAAAUGAGUAUUCGGAUUCUAAGUUUGUGUAUUUUGACAUCUACACUCCGUUUCUUGCCCUCAUUCAAAACCCUGCUGAAAAUGGAUUCGAAGAGGCGAAGAAAGGAUGUUGUGGGACAGGAACCAUAGAAGUCAGCGUUCUAUGCAACCCUUUAUCUACAAAAUUAACAUGCCCUGAUCCUGAUCAAUACAUCUUCUGGGAUAGUUACCACCCUUCCAACAAAGCUUACAAGAUUCUCACCCUUCAAAUCAUUAAAAACACUCCUCGUAAUUUUUUCUGAUAUUAUAUAUAGUUUCUCUCUCUUUCAAUGCACCUCCUUUCAUAUCUGUCCACGUCUCAAUACCUUCUUAAAUCAAACAGUUUUACAGUUUUACGUCAAUAUUAAAUAUCCAUUAAUAUCUCUAA